UUGAACCCGUGACCUCUGACUCCAAAGCCCGGGCUCUUUCCACUGAGCCACGCUGUAGAAUUCGAAACACGCACUGGGGCCGGCCAUUGGGAUUGAGGACACCAUUUCACCACAUGGUAUCUCUCCUGCCUGAAAGGCUUUAUUCUGGAGCUGCAUCCCUCCCAAGGGCAACGACAGGUCCCACAGGUACCGAAGAGGAGAUUGUCAUUCCAAAAAGGAAAACGUGGGAUAAAUUAGCAGUUCUCCAAGCCUUGGCGUCCACCGUGAACAGGGAUCCUACAGCCGCCCAUUAUGCAUUUCAAGAUGACCCUUUCCUCAUCCCUACAUCCUCUAGUGAAUCUCGCUUGUUUUUGUUGGCCAAGGAGUCUGGGGAGAAAGCAGCACAAUACGUUAUCAGAACAUACCCAAAAUUCUUUGAAAAGGACAUAGCUGAUCCUCAUAUUCCGUGCCUGAUGCCCGAGUACUUUGGACCUCACGUCGAGCCUCAGAUCGAGGAAAUAAGCGAGGCGGCCCUGCAGGAGCGCGUCCAGCUUCGCAAAGUGAAAGCUUCGGUGGACAUGUUUGACCAGCUCCUACAAGCAGGAUCCCCCGUGUCAUUGGAAACAGCAAACCAACUUUUGGAUUUAUUGUGCUUCUACGGCGACCAAGAGCCCCCCAGGGAAGAUCAGCCUCGGCAAAGGGAAGAAUUGGGAGAAAUGGAGGAAGACCCAGAAGAGGAAAAUGAGACUACAUCUAGGCGGAAAGGCGUUGGUCAGUUUGGAAAGAAUUGGAGAGCCAACAACAACGCAGAAAGGAUCUUUAACCUAAUGCCAGAGAAAAAUGCCCAUUCCUACUGCACGCUGAUCCGCGGGAUGGUGAAGUACAGAGCUAACAAGAAGGCGUUCAGCGUGUACACAGACCUGUUGAACAACCGGCUGAGAGCCGACGUGCACACCUUCAAUGCGUUGAUUGAAGCGGCUGCGGCAAUGAAAGAUCUCCAUGAGGAAAAGUGGGCUCUUAUGGUGGAUCUUUUGAAGCAGAUGGCUGCCCAGGGGUUGAAGCCUAACCUGCAGACUUUUAACACCGUCCUGAAGACCCUGAAGAAACUUGGCGUGGCUGGCAGGAUCCCUGCCUUACAGACUCUGAAUGAAAUGAAAGCCGUCAACAUAGAACCUUCACUGGCCACAUACUACCAUCUCCUUGAGAUCUUUUAUAAACACGUUCCAUCUACCAGAGGACCGGCCCCGCUGAUCUACGAAAUAAUGAAUGAGAUACAAGGAAAGAGAUUUUUUCCGCGGGAUCUAGAUGACGAUAAAUUCUUUCAGGCUGCAAUGAGGGUGUGCUCUUCCCUGAAGGAUCUGGAACUCGCCUAUCAAGUACACGACCUGCUGCAGACGGGGGACAACUGGAAAUUCAUCGGCGGCGACAGUCAGCGGGUCUUCUAUUACGGCAAGUUCUUUGGCCUCCUGUGCCUGAUGGAGCAACUGGACGUGACCUUGAAGUGGUACAAGGAGCUGAUCCCUUCGGUCUACUUCCCUCACGCCCAAGCCAUCGUGAAUCUCCUCCAGGCCCUGGAUAUGGGGAGCCGACUAGACAUGAUCCCUCAGAUCUGGAAAGAUAGCAAAGGGUUCGGCGUCUCUGGGCGAGCCGAAGUGAAGGAAGAGAUCCUGGAGCUAAUGGCGAGAGAUAAACACUCCCCAGAGCUGCAGGCUGUGUUCGCCGACUGCGCUGCCGACGUCAAGUCUACCCACGAAAACCAAGACGGAGGGCGGGGGCCUUCCGACUGGACGGCCACAUCCCUGGCCAACAUCGCCAUCCUCUUCCUAAGGGCCGGAAGGACCCAGGAAGCCUGGAAAACGUUGGGGCUGUUCAAGAAACAAAACAGAAUUCCCAGAAGCGAACUGCUGAAUGAGUUCUUGGACAGCGCGAAGGAGCACGACAACACAAGUCAAGCCGUGGAAGUUGUGCGGCUGGCCAGUGCCCUCAUGUUACCCGCUCACGAGGCGCUCGCCCGGAGGGUGCUGUCGGACUUCCCGCUCUCCGAAGACCAGAAAAAGAUCCUGGAAGGCUUGAGAGCAGACUCCGACAGUGACAGCGACAGCGAUGAAGAGUGACGGCUUGGCCUGCUGGACCUCCUCAUGGCCGGCCUCUACGUUUCGUUGCAACGCAGCAGGCGGGCAUUUUUUACUCUUAACUCGAAGGGCAGCUCCGCCGCUGAAUCUCCUGGGGCCUUUUGAGCCCUCCUCCGAGUCGUGGAAAAGUGUCCGUGAGUGUAUUUCGCACGGGACCUGAUAAACGAGAGGUCCGGUGUCGUUCUGUAAAAACCACCCCUCCGCCCUUGGUCGCGGAUGCCUCAGGUGCGGGGCGGGAGACACGUUCUUUUUUCUGAAAUAGGAUCGGGUUCGGGUGAGGCGCUACAAAAUGAGGAAGGAAGAAGGGUCUUCCAUUUUACCACAACCGAGCUUGCUCCGGACUUCUUUAUCGUGUGAGAGGCACUAAGUCACCUGCGUUUAAUGCUCCACGUGAAAUUGAGAGGCUGAGCAGGGCAGAGGACACAAAACUCAGCGGCUUAAGCUCUAGUAGUAAUGAACCGGAGAACGCAACUUAUAAGCACCUCCUACUUGAAAUAUUUUCACUCUCUAACCACUUCAAAAAUAUGCCACUCUAAGGAAAAUUAAAAUUAUUUACCCCUACUGA